UAUCCGAUUGCUAUAUUAUUUUUCGAUUAUUUGUCGCGUUUGGGUGUGUACAAAAUUGUCGCGCGUUGCAUUGUUUGGCUUCUGAAAGUGAGUAAGUGUGAACUCCAUUUUCUGAACGUGUCCCUACUGGGAGAAAACAAAUAAGAUAAGAGUAUCAAAUAUGAACUACGCCAACAGUAAGAUUGACUAAUAUUAGUCAAUGUAGCGCCAAUCUUGGACUAUCACAUUCCGUUCUGUCAAUAUGCAGCAGUAUAAGACUCGGCAAGACGCUACUGGCCCCUUAUUUCAGAAUCAGAGUAACGGACACGGUGAGAACUCGCCUAAUAAUUCCCACAUGCCGUUGCUCGAAGACGAAAAGAUACAUCAUAAGAGUACCACUACACAGCAGGUUACAACAGUAACAAAAGUGGUGCGCGAGGUAAAGCAUCUUCCGAAUGCUACCAGUCUUGAUUACGUCUCCAUGCCAUUAGACGUGCAAUCUCUCGGUGACACAGAUGAACCUUCUGUGGAUUAUGUAACGAUGCCGUUAGGAUUAUUUCCGCGUACACAAUACGUUAAGUAUAAUCACAUGGAACAGCCACACCAUAUCUACGUACAUGGAUGUCCGCCGACGGAGACUUACCACGCCCAUUAUGGAGAUUACGAUACUUUUGCACCUCAAUAUGCCAAUACUGGAUUUGCAGAUGGCACGGACGCAUCAUCACGCACACCACCAAGCCCUAGUGAUCAAUCGGCAUCACCAACGGUAGCGCAGCCAGUUAUCGACGGAGCCACUGGUGGAUAUUUACAACCACCCUAUGAUGAUAUGACUGAAUACCAGCAAGAAUAUCAUCUUACGCCGUCACCACGAGUUCUGGAACGCUACAGUGAAGAUGCGACCCAGUUGGCAUAUGGUUAUAUUGCUGCUGCACCCUAUGGUGGUGAAGAGCAACUUCAACAACACCUGCAAGCCCUUCAAGUAGCACCUCCAGCUGAUGAAGAGCAUCAUGUGCGGUGGCGAGAUCCAAACCUUACGGAAGUUAUAGGUUUUCUUGGCAACCAAUCAGCCGUGGUGAAGGCUAAUGCAGCUGCUUACCUUCAACACCUUUGUUAUAUGGACGACCCUAAUAAGCAGCGCACUCGAACGUUAGGCGGAAUUCCGCCCCUCGUGACACUAUUAGAGCAUGAAAAUGGAGACGUGUACAGGAAUGCUUGCGGUGCGUUACGUAACUUGUCGUAUGGAAGACAAAAUGAUGAAAAUAAGCGCUCAAUAAAAGCAGCGGGUGGUAUUACAGCGCUCAUAUCUCUGCUUCGGCGUACAACGGAGAGCGAAGUGAAAGAAUUGGUUACAGGCGUAAUCUGGAACAUGUCGUCCUGUGAGGAUUUGAAGCGGGCUAUCAUUGAUGAUGGUGUAUACGUAAUUGUAUCCUUCGUUAUCAUUCCCCAUAGCGGUUGGGACACCGUGAGCCCUGGAGAGACCUGCUGGAGUACAGUAUUUCGUAACGCUUCUGGUGUUUUACGUAAUGUGAGCAGUGCCGGAGAAUAUGCACGAACACGCCUGCGUGAAUGUGAAGGUCUAGUAGAUUCUCUACUGUACGUUAUUCGCACAGCCAUUGAUAAAUCAAACAUUGGUAACAAAAUUGUGGAGAAUUGCGUGUGUAUUUUACGGAAUCUCUCUUAUCGUUGUCAGGAAGUGGAAGACCCCAAUUAUGAUCAUCAUCCACUGCCACCGAUUGGAGGCGUUCGUAGCGGUACUCGUAAUACAGACGCUAAUUUGGGGUGUUUUGGUGCAUCACGCAAAAAGAAAGACACUACCCUUGAAAAAGGACUCGUAACAGUUCCAACACGUCAGUUGCGUGGUGAUACGAAAGGCUAUGAAUUGCUUUGGCAGCCUGACGUAGUGCAAUCCUACCUCACGCUGUUACAGAGUUGCUCCAAUCCAGAAACCUUGGAAGCGGCUGCUGGAGCACUACAAAAUCUCGCCGCGUGUUACUGGCAACCAAGCAUCGAGAUCAGAGCGGCCGUACGUAAAGAGAAAGGUCUACCUAUCUUGGUAGAGCUGCUUAGAAUGGAGGUGGACCGUGUAGUAUGCGCUGUGGCCACAGCGCUACGCAAUCUGGCCAUAGACCAGCGCAAUAAAGAAUUAAUCGGCAAGUAUGCUAUGCGUGAUCUGGUACAGAAGUUGCCGUCCGGCAAUCCGCAACACGAUCAAGGUACAUCUGACGACACCAUCGCUGCAGUCUUGGCCACACUUAACGAGGUAAUCAAAAAGAAUGCCGAGUUCAGCCGGUCUUUGCUGGAUGCAGGUGGGGUGGAACGGUUGAUGAGCAUUACGCGACAACGUCAAAAGUACACUCCACGUGUAACAAAGUUUACAGGGCAGGUACUCUUCACUAUGUGGCAACAUCAAGAGCUACGUGACGUUUAUAAGAAACACGGCUGGCGAGAGCAGGAUUUUGUUACAAAAGCGGUAGCAGCGCGGAACGCGACACCCAACAGUCCCAAUAACGCAAAUAGUACUUUAAAUAGACCCAUGGCAUCACAAAGUGGAACACGCUACGAAGAUCGUACUAUAAAACGCACAGCGCCCCGUAACAAUGGAGCCCCUUCACGACCAGUCUACCAAUGCCCAUAGCCCCGAAAUCAUUUCUAAAUUAUAGUGGUUUGAACGCAAUAUUUAUAUACAUACGUCACUACUUAUUAAAGUUAAUGUAAUAGUAUAA